AUGGAUGUAGAACGUGAACAACAACCUUCUGCUAAUGUAAGUUAUACAUUUUUAUUAAAUGACAUUUAAAAUGUUUUAUUACUAGGUGAGCGUUUCAGUUAAUAUCAUACAAUCUACACCAUGUUCAAGGCCCUUUACAGGUGGCUUUGUGGAUAUUGGCAGCCAGUGUCGCCAAAAUUCGUAAGGUUUUAACAUAUUGUGAUGUAGAAUUAUUACAUAUUUAGUCUCACUACCUUUUGAUGUAUAUCUACGUCCACAAGCUCAUAAUGCCAAUACUUUCAGUAUUUCACGUGCACAAAAAGUUUGGUGAGCUGAUCCCAGAUUCGGCGCUUCUGAUCUCGCUUGGCCUGGUUCUUGGACUAUUGUUUAAGCAGUUCGACUUGAUAGGCCACUACAAUUUAGAUUCUACAGUAUUCUUUUUGUACUUACUACCACCUAUCAUAUUCGAAGCUGGCUACUUUAUGCCAAAUCGACAAUGUUUCGAAAACUUUAGUUCCAUCGCCACUUUCUCCAUUAUUGGUACUGUUUGGAACACUGUAACUAUAGGUAUGUUAACAAUGGAUUACAUUAUCAGCUUGUAGUUACCUUUUUGAUAAGCAAAAAUGAAAGUAACUAUUAUAAAAUGCUUUGAUGACAAACCUAAAAUGUUGUUGUCAUACUAAUAUGAAACUGUAUUUACAGGCCUAACAUUAUACGCUGGGGCUUCGUGUAACUUGUACAAUAUUGAUGUGAAAUGGCCAGAACUGUUCACUUAUGCCGCGUUAAUAUCAGCAAUCGACCCAGUAGCUGUUAUUGUAGUAUUCGAAGAGCUACACGUCAAUGAAUUCCUGUUCGUCAAUGUAUUUGGAGAAGCGCUGUUCAAUGACGGUAUAGCCGCGGUUCUGUUUCAGAUCUUUAACCGACUUACAGCUGUUGGAACUGACAAUAUUGCAAGUAAGUAUGUCUUCAUCAUGUUUUGUUAUUUUUACAUUAAAAACUGUCAUUUUCUGAUUAAUGAUCUUAUAUUUGAAUUACAUGUACUGUUAAAUUUUAUAUCAAAAUCCUCUUUUCAGAAUUUACAGCAUCCGACUAUGCCAUAUUAUCCUCGACUGGAUGUUUCGUAGCCAUUGGUGGGGUAACAAUUGGCAUAGUCUUCGCCUUGGCUUGUGCCAUUUCCACUAAAUAUACCCAAAGAGUGAAGGUAGUAGGCCCAGUGUUUGUGUUUCUAUUCCCAUAUUUGGCCUACCUGACAGCUGAGAUGUUCGCCUUAUCAGCCAUCUUGGCCAUUUGCUUCUGUGGUAUCUUCAUGAAAGAGUACGUCAAGGGUAAUAUCAGUGUAGAAGCGGCAGCCUCGGUCAAGCACUUCGUGAAAAUGUUGUCGCAGGCUUGUGAAACGGUUGUUUUUAUGUUUUUGGGUCUGUCCGCAGUGGCUUCCAAGUUCAGUUUCGACUUUUACUUCGUGGUCAUUACAUUGUUGGCGUGCAUAGUGUAUCGAGCUCUUGGUAGGGCAGUUUUACAUUUUUUUGUAUUUUUGAGAUCAUAUUUCGUCGUUUUGUUAUAUUAUACUUUUUUUUCUGUUUUCUGUUUAAACAUUUUAUUGUUACCUAAAAAUUGCAGGAGUGUUUGUGCAAUGUCUCUGUCUGAAUCCAUUUUUGAAACAAAAGUUUUCGUUCAAGGAUCAAAUUGUAAUGUCAUAUGGAGGUCUUCGUGGUGCCAUUGCCUUUGGUCUGCUGAGUAACAUACCAUCUUCAUUAGAUGAAAAAGUGAAAGAUGUAUUCACAACAACUACGAUCAUCGUCAUUUGCUUUACCGUCUUCGUGCAGGUCAGUGAUAGACACAGAUACUAAAUUUUAACAGUCAAAGCUCUGAGUUUAGAGUGGACAAUAAAAUAAAUUAUAUUCUUGACUUCAGGGCACAACGAUACGGCCAUUAUUAAACUACCUCCAAAUCGAAAAGCAAACCCAUGGUACAGCAACCUUUGUAGAACGCAUGUUUGACAAGGUAAGUUAAAUAUAACAGUAACCUUUUGUAAAAUCUUAAACUAUUACACCAACUUUUAGUACUUUGACUACGCAAUGUCUGGGAUCGAAGACAUUCUCGACCAGAAAGGCACAAACACAAUCAGAAGUUGGUUCGAACAAUUGAAUGCACGGUAUCUGAAGCCACUUCUGAUUCAGAACACAAGUUCCAAAGCCUUUGACAACACGGUUAUCAUACGAGCCUACAAUAAAGUGACAGCUGGAGAAGUGUUGGCCUUGAAUCAAGAGAUGAUGACCAGAAGGAAGAGCAGGCAUCUUCUGACAAUCAAAACCCAAAACGAAUUAGAUGGGAUCGAGAACGUUGCUUUCGACAAUCAGUCAAUAUCAUCUUGCUCGAAUUCUGUUGGAAAUCGCGAGUUGGAACAGGUAGGGAAUAAUAAGACAAACAGAACAUAACUAAAAAGUAACGAAAGCAUCAAUAUAACUAUAUGAAUCAAUAUAAAUACAAAUAUUCAAACUUGACACAAAUAGACAGGCAGGAACAGGCAAAUGUUAUUAACAAUAACUUGUUAUAGUUCCUACACAAACAAGAGAACAUGGAUGCCAUGUGUACGAUGAUAGACAAGAUCGUCACCAAGAAGUUGGAAACCUUUAACCGAGCAACUUCGAACCAAAAACGACAAUCCAAAGAUAUUCACGACGAUUAUCUUACCGGUAUAAAUAGCAAACUAGAAGAAUAA